GAUGAUUUCGAUAUAUUGAAAUUGGUCGGACAGGGCGCGUUCGGGAAGGUGUUUCAAGUGAGGAAAAAAGAUAGCGGGGCGAUAUACGCGAUGAAGGUGAUGAAGAAGGAACGCAUCGUGGAGAAGGACCAAGCCGAGUACACGAGAGCGGAGCGAGACAUUUUGACGGCGGUGACGCAUCCGUUCAUCGUGAGUCUGCGGUAUUCGUUCCAGACGACGAGUAAAUUGUACUUGAUUUUAGAAUUUAUUAACGGCGGGCACUUGUUUUUUCAGUUGUAUCAGCAAGGGACGUUCGGGGAUGAGCUGACCAAGUUUUACAUUUCGGAAAUUUGUCUCGCCAUCGGGCACUUGCACUCGCUGAGCAUCAUGCAUAGGGAUUUGAAACCGGAGAACAUAUUGGUCGAUCACGAUGGACACGUGAAGAUUACGGAUUUCGGGUUGGCGAAGAGGAUCGUUGACGAUAAGCGCGCGAAUUCGCUCGCGGGAUCGAUCGAUUACAUGGCGCCGGAAAUCUUAAACGCCAAGGGACACGGCAAGACGGCGGAUUGGUGGUCCGUGGGAGUGCUGAUGUUCGAGAUGUUGUCCGGCACGCUGCCUUUCAAGGGGAAGAACAAGCAAGCGGUGCAAAAGGCAAUCUGCAGCGAAAAAGUCAAGGUGCCGAAUUACUUCCAACCCGAAGCCGUGGGGCUCAUCAAGGGUUUAUUGGCGAAAGAUCCGUCGAUGCGCCUCGGUCGCGGCGACGACGGCACGGCGGAUAUCAAAAGUCACAAAUAUUUUAAAGGCGUGGACUGGGCGAAGAUCGCCGCAAAGGCGAAUCCUCCACCGUUCAAGCCGAACGUUCACGGCGAGCACUGCACCGCAAACUUCGACACGCGAUGGACGGAUGUCGAUCCCGUGGACUCCGUCGCCGCGACGCCCGUCUCCGGCGAACAAGAAAAAUUCCUCGGAUUCACCUUCGUA